AUGAAACGACUGACGAUACCUCAGGUGGGCAAGAAGAAGCUCAAGGCCAUCAGUCGCGCCCUCCGCAAUGUCGAAUCCACCCCACGCCUCCGCCGACGCGGCACCCAGAUCCUGCCCUCGCCCUUCGACGCCGCGCCCAAGUACACGUACCUCAACCGCGACCAGACGGGCAGCGCCAGAGACCCCGAGGACCUGAGAGCGCUUGCUAUCACGAACAGCCGCAGCCAGCACAGCCUGCGCCAGAGAGCGAACAGCAACCAGAGUGGCCGCACGCCCGAAGAAGAGCCAUUGGCACAGAGCGAGACGAACCGCCGCGACUGGGCACACAACUACGGCAGCUUUGAGGGAAGCACGUCUGAUGGCGCCACCAAGACCGGCACCUCUGCAGACAAGGCCAAGGCCCCGCCGUCCUUGAAGCUGCCUGGGGCUGCGCUCGACCCUGAGAACCCUUCCCCUCAAGGAGGAGCGGCGUCUGGCGCAUCACUGCGAAAGCAGAAGACAGUCACGCUUCCUCCGCCAGCAGAGAACGACAACGACAAUGCUUUCGAGGUUGGGAAGACGGUGUCGCCCCACAAGCAUCACAGCUCGCUGCCCAACCGUUACAAGAGCGUCUUCACCCCCAAGCGCAUGAACUCGCUGCCCGGCCCUAUCACCGAGCACAAGUCGCGCCCAUCGGUACGCCGUCUAUUCUCACUGAGCAGCAAGACUCCCCCGGACAGCCCAGGCGACGUCCCCCUCGAAGCCUACCGCGACCUUGACUUCCGACAAGCCGAGUUCUUCAACUUCCUCGAUGGCGAGCUGGAUAAGAUCGAGUCGUUCUACAAGCACAAAGAAGACGAGGCUACCAAGCGCCUGAAUGUGCUCCGCGACCAACUCCACAUCAUGCGAGACCGACGUAUCGACGAGGUCAUCAAGCGUCAAACGGACAAGAUCAAUGCGAAGGCCCACAAGAAACACGACGGGCACCAUGUGCUGAGCAACGGUCAGAACAGCAGCUCGGGCGACGAAAAUCAGCAGGCCAACGGGAAUGGGAAUCUUGGAAACACUCUCAAGGACACUUUCCUAAACCCCAUAGACGCCGCGUUGGACGCCAUUAACGCGGGCAAGUACGGGAAGAGCACCAAGAACAUAACACAGCUUGCGACCCCAGCGGCUCUUCAGCCCAAGGACCAUCCCGAUAGCCGUCGCGACUUUGCUAGACGGCCAGAUCUGCCCGACGUGCCAUACCAGACAGCGAAGCGCAAGCUCAAGGUGGCACUGCAGGAGUACUACAGAGGGCUUGAGCUUCUCAAGUCCUACGCGUUGUUGAACCGGACUGCCUUCCGGAAAAUCAACAAGAAGUAUGACAAGACCGUCAACGCGCGACCGUCGUCGCGGUACAUGAAUGAGAAGGUCAACCAAGCCUGGUUCGUGAACAGCGACGUAAUCGAAGGGCACAUUCGAGCAACGGAGGACCUAUACGCGAGAUACUUCGAGAAGGGCAACCACAAAGUCGCCAUCGGGAAGCUACGCAUCAAGAUCGCACGAGCAGGCGAUUACACAGACAAUACAUUCCGUAACGGUCUGCUAUUGUCGGCGGGCGUCAUACUUGGCAUCCAGGGUCUCAUCAAAGCAAACACUAUUGCAGAUCUGCACAAUACUGACGGGAACGAGUUCGCAGUGAACACGAGCUAUCUGUUGCAGGUGAGUCAUCCAAACCAUGGAUAG